AGAACGUCACGUGACCUCUCCCCUGCUGCACUUCCUUGUUUACAUCAGAGGAGAAUGACCCACAGUGAAGUGUGACUGUAGUUCAUGUCUUUGCCUUGUGAUAGCAGCACUUUUAGAGGAUCUAACUCAGAGAACAUGAUCAAACUCUGCGUGUUUCUGCUGCUGCUGCUCAGCGCGGCUCUGCUCGAGGCUGCGCCCGCAGGAGGAAGCCCCCUGCCGGGGACAGGCCGCUUCUGGCACAUCACAGACCUCCACCUGGACCCCACCUACCACCUGGCCCCGGACCCCACCAAGGUCUGCUUCUCCUCCAAAGGAGUCCCGGCCACCAACGCCGGCGUGUAUGGAGACUUCUUAUGUGACUCUCCCUACCUCCUGAUCCAGUCAGCCUUCGCUCACAUGGCUCCCCUCACACAGCCGGAGGACUUCAUCGUAUGGACGGGAGACAGCCCUCCUCAUGUCCCUGCAGACGAGCUGUCCACAGACCUGGUGAUCCAGGUGAUCGGUAACAUGACCCACACCAUCUUACAGAACUUCCCCAACCUGACCGUCUACCCUGCUUUGGGAAACCACGACUACUGGCCUCAGGACCAGAUGCCCACCUCCACUAAUGCGAUCUACAAAGCCGCUGCAGAGCUGUGGAAGCCCUGGCUGCAGCCUGAAGCUCUGCUCACGCUCUCACAAGGAGGUUUUUACUCUCAGCUGGUGAAGCCGGGUCUGCGGGUCAUCAGUCUCAACACCAUCCUCUACUACGGUCCGGAUAAAGUCACAGAGAACAUGACGGAUCCUGCAGGACAGUUUGAGUGGCUGGAGAAGACUCUGCAGAAAGCCGCUCAGGACCUGGAGAAGGUGUACGUGAUCGCUCAUGUUCCUGUGGGCUUCCUGCCCUUUGCCAGAAGCACCACCGCUAUAAGGAAGAGCCACAACGAGCGGCUGGUCUCCAUCUUCAGGGAGUUCAGUCACGUUGUUGCAGGACAUUUCUACGGACACACGCACCGAGACAGCGUCAUGGUGCUGCUGGACCAACAAGGUAAACCUGUGAACUCUCUGUUCGUGGCUCCGGCUGUGACUCCCAUCAAACAUGUUUUGGAGCCGUACUCCAACAACCCGGCUUUCCGCAUGUACCUGUACAACCCUGAGGACUACGCUAUGAUGGAUAUCUGGCAGUACUAUCUGAAUCUGACGGAAGCCAACGAGAAACAAAGAUCCGACUGGAGGCUUGAAUAUAUCAUGAGCGAGGCUUUUGGACUGACUGACCUGCGGCCGCUGAGCCUGCUCCAGCUGGGCCUGAGCUUCAGGCUGCCGCAGGCCAAAGCCUUCGAUCAGUACUUCACUCACUACAUGGUGGGAUACAACAGCAGCAUCACCUGUGAGGGAGGCUGUAAGCUCAGCCAGGUGUGUGCCGUGCUCUACCUGGACCAGGUCUCGUACUCUAAGUGUGUCGCGCAGGGCGGGUGGUAGCAGGGGUGCAGCUCAGACAGGAAGGGUUAACUCAGGAUGAACGUUUGUCUUCGAAUCUUUCUUUUUGUAUCUGCUCUGCUGGAAUCAGAAAAAGGGGAAUGUAGAGUUUUUCAGCUCCAAAAUGAAGUGCAACUUUUUCACUUUGAUGCUUUUGUGUUUAUCCAAGAUGGUACCAAGAAGAAUCCAGAUCCAGCACAAGUCACAAACCGAAUCUGUUGUAAAUAUCUUUGAGAUUACCAUGACCAGAGGCAUUAUGAGGCUGGGUUGUUAUUGUCUGCACCAGCUGAUAACUAAUGAGAAUGAUUGUGCAAUAUCUAAUGUCUAAUAUCCAAGUCGCUGCUAAAGGAUGCUUUUUGCAACAUUUUUACCUUCAUGCUUCUGUUUUUUUUCUUCACUUUGUUUCAACCUCAGACACUUUUUUUUAUAAACAACAGUAAUCCGGAUCCAAUGCACAUCACAAACUCCAGGAUUCAAGAUUGAAUAAGUCUCAUAAAUAAAGCACAAUGGACUCAUGCACGCAAAA